UCUAUAUAAGCCCUUCUUCCGCCUUGCACGUUUUCCAGCUUCCAGAAAAAUGAUUUCUUUCUUAUCCUUUCUUUCGCCUUUGGCUCCAUUUUUGGCCACCCUUUUGCUUCUUGUCCUUGUCUUAGAACAGAUCUCCUACAUGCGCAAAAAGCGAAAUGUCCCUGGUCCAAACAUGGUUCUCCCUUUCUUCGGCAACGCCAUUCCAUUAGUGAGGGAACCCACUAGAUUCUGGGAAAUUCAAGCUGACUUGGCUUCUUCCGUCGGAUUCUCUGUUAACUACAUCAUCGGCAGAUUCAUCCUCUUUAUCCGUAACACUGAACUCUCUCACCUUAUCUUCGCCAACGUCCGACCCGAUGCUUUUUUACUUGUUGGACAUCCGUUCGGGAAAAAGCUUUUCGGCGAACAUAACUUGAUUUAUAAGUUCGGACAAGAUCACAAAGAUCUACGCCGUCAGAUUGCUCCUAACUUCACUCCCAGAUCUCUGUCAACCUACACCGCUUUGCAGCAGAUUAUUAUUCUCGAACAUUUAAAAUCGUGGGAGCGUCUUUCAUCCGAAUCGCGGGGAAAGCCGAUUCCUCUCCGUCUUUUAGCUCGUGAUAUGAAUCUGGAAACUUCUCAAACUGUUUUCGUCGGCAGGUAUUUGUCAAAUGAAGCUCGCGCCAAGUUCAAAGACGAUUAUAAUCUUUUCAAUACGGGUUUGAUGAAGCUUCCGUUUGAUCUCCCCGGUUUCGCGUUCCGUAACGCUAGGCUUGCCGUUGAGCGCUUGGUCGAAACGCUAACUGAUUGCGCUGCUGAAAGUAAAAAGAGAAUGUUCCAAGGAGACGAGCCUUCUUGUUUAAUCGAUUUUUGGAUGCAAGAAACUGUUAGAGAAACCGCCGAGUCCAAAACGGCGCCGUCUCACUCUUCCGACAAUGAAAUCGGUAGUUAUCUCUUUGAUUUUCUCUUCGCCUCUCAAGACGCCUCCACUUCAUCGCUCCUCUGGGCGGUGUCCCUCCUCGACUCUCAUCCCCAAGUUCUCCAGAAAGUUCGUGAGGAAGUUUCGAGUAUAUGGUCGCCGGAAUCAGAUGCUUUGAUAAGCGCGGCGCAAAUCAGGGAAAUGAAAUAUACACAAGCGGUGGCACGUGAAGUCAUAAGGUAUAGGCCGCCGGCGACGCUAGUGCCUCACAUUGCGGUGAAGGAUUUCCCGUUGACCGAGUCGUACACGAUUCCCAAGGGCACGAUUGUGUUCCCCUCGGUUUACGAGUCAUCCUUCCAAGGGUUCACUGAGGCGGACCGCUUCGAUCCGGAUCGGUUCUCGGAGGAUCGGCAAGAGGAGGUGAUAUUCAAGCGGAACUACCUGGCAUUUGGCGCUGGGCCUCACCAAUGCGUUGGUCAAAGGUACGCCUUGAAUCAUCUGGUGCUUUUCAUUGCGAUGUUUGUUUCGGUGCUAGAUUUCAAGAGGCACCAAUCACAUGGCUGCGAUGAAAUCAUGUACUGCCCGACCAUCUGUCCUAAAGACGGGUGCAGCGUCUCCCUAUCUCGGCGAUGCCCACGUUAUCCGAAUCUCUCUUCUAAUUGACCAAAAAGCCCUUCAAUGUUUGUCCGUCUUCUUAUCUGGUAAACUGGUGCUGUCUUGGGGGUUCCUGCUUCGGUUAUAAUUCUUUUGUGUGGGCCGUUAUUGUGUAUAUACAACUGAUGGACGGCUCGGAUAAUUUCUUCUCUCUUUUGUUUUUCAUUUUAUUGGAGAAAAUUGGUUGUGGGGAUUAUUGAUUGUGUUUUAGACCUCAAAUUUAAAAAACUUGUAUUUUGAAAUUUUAAUUUAAUUGUAUUUUAUUUAACAUUGUGAGC